AGAAAACCACAGGACUCUUUUGGACAUACUCGCAACAAUUACAAAUCCUAAUGAAGUUCUUCAUCUACCUAUCCUUGAUACUGAUUGGUCUUCGAGUCCAUUGCUAUCAUUUCCCAUAUCUACUUGAUAACCACAGAAAUAAAAGUGUGCCUGAACAUCCGUCUUCCAUUUCAGAAAAGGAACAGAAACCUUGGCAUAACAUAGUCCUCAACAAUGCUGAAUUUGCUUUCAAAUUGUACAAGCAAAUAGCUUCUGAUCAAGGUGACAAAAAUGUUUUCUUCUCUCCCCUGAGCAUCUCCACAGCUUUUGCCAUGCUGACCUUGGGGGCCAAAUAUAAAACCCAGAGUCAGAUUUACAACGGACUUGCUUUUAACCUGUCAGAGAUUGAGGAGGAAAAGAUACAUAAUGGAUUUCAAGAUCUCAUCAGUUCAGUUGACAGACAGAUCAGUAUAGGGAAUGCCUUGUUUCUAGAUGAGACAUUGGAUGUUCUGUGGAAUUUUUCUGAGGCCAUCAAAACUUUUUACAAAGCUGAACAAUUUUCUACAGAUUUCGUGAAUCCCACAAAUGCUGAAAAGCAGAUAAACGAUUAUGUGAAAAAUAAAACAAAUGGAAUUAUAGGAGAUUUAGUCAAGGGCCUCACUGAAAGAACAAAGAUGGUUGUCAUCAAUUAUAUUAUCCUCCAAGGUGCCUGGAUUAAUGCUUUCAACACUAAGCAAACCAGAGAAGGAAUUUUUAUUUUGGAUGGAAACAGAACUGAGAGUGUUGAAAUGAUGUACAAAAGGUCCAGUUACAACUUUCUCUAUGAUAAAGAUCUGUUUUGCUCAGUGGUGGAAAUGCCUUGUCCAGGAGGUGUCGUAGUAUGGCUCGUUCUGCCAGAUGAAGGGAAAUUGAGACAUGUGGAGCACACUUGGACAGAAAAACAGCUAUCUACAUGGGCAAUGUCUUUUAAAACAAAAAACCUAAUACUGAUCCUUCCAAAAUUUAAUGUUUCUGCAUCCCAUGAUAUCAAAGCCAUUCUGCAGCGUAUGGGCAUGUUGGACGUUUUCUCUAAGAAGGCUGAUUUUUCUGGAAUAACUGGAAAGCGCAACCUGUGGGUGUCUGAAGCUCUUCAGAAAUCUAUGGUGGUUGUUCAGGAGAAAAGUAUUAUUUCACCCCAGAGUGUAAUUGACGUUAGAAAUGGAUCACAGAUAUCUGAAAAUAUGAAAAAUUACUCUCACAUGAUAUUUAACAGACCGUUCCUGAUGAUUGUUUUUGACAAGACAAUACAAACUAUCCUUUUCAUGGGAAAAAUACAGAAUCCAGCCAAGCAAUCAAGUGAAUCUGUUGUAACUGCAAAACUAUCUUUUUUCCAGGAUUAAAAAAAAUGGGAUUUUGACCUUCAUACUACAAUUGCAAGUGUAUCAAUCAAGCCCCAGUGGUACCAUUACAAAUUCUGC